AUGGCAUGUCUGAUGGCGGCUUUCUCCUUGGGCACCGCUUUGAACGGCAGCAAUUCUGCUUGCACCAUGGCCGAGCCGAAGUCGGUGUGCGUUUCAGUGGAUGAGGUGGUCUCAAAUGGGACAGAUAACCAAGACAUUCGACUGAUGAAUGGACAUUUAAGAAAAGUGGACAAUGCUCUGACUGAGGCUCAUCGUUUCUCCUACCUACCCCGCAGACCAGCUGUGAAUAUUGAGUUUAAAGAACUGUCAUACUCUAUCCAAGAAGGGCCGUGGUGGCGGAAGAAAGGUUAUAAGACCCUUUUGAAAGGAAUUUCAGGGAAGUUCAGCAGUGGAGAACUUGUUGCAAUUAUGGGUCCUUCAGGAGCUGGGAAGUCAACGCUCAUGAACAUUCUGGCAGGUUACAGAGAGACGGGAAUGAAAGGAGAAAUUCUCAUCAAUGGACAGCCUCGUGACUUGCGCUCCUUUCGCAAAGUCUCCUGCUACAUCAUGCAAGAUGACAUGCUCCUUCCUCAUCUGACUGUCCAGGAAGCUAUGAUGGUAUCUGCACAUCUGAAACUUCAAGAGAAAGAUGAAGGAAGGAGAGAAAUGGUAAAGGAAAUAUUGACAGCCCUCGGUUUGCUGACCUGUGCCAAUACAAGGACUGGGAGCCUUUCUGGAGGCCAGAGAAAGCGUCUUGCUAUUGCUUUGGAGCUGGUGAACAAUCCCCCUGUCAUGUUUUUUGAUGAGCCAACCAGUGGCUUGGAUAGUGCAUCAUGUUUCCAGGUUGUCUCUCUGAUGAAGGCUUUAGCCCAGGGUGGCAGGUCCAUCAUCUGCACGAUUCACCAGCCCAGCGCUAAACUGUUCGAGUUGUUUGAUCAGCUCUAUGUUUUAAGUCAAGGUCAAUGCAUUUACCGUGGGAAGGUAUUAAACUUAGUCCCUUACUUGAGAGACUUGGGUUUGAAUUGCCCAACCUACCACAAUCCAGCAGAUUUUGUUAUGGAAGUAGCAUCUGGUGAAUAUGGAGACCAGAAUGGCCGUCUGGUAAGGGCCGUACGGGAGCGGAUAUGUGACACUGACUACAAGAGAGAUGUUGGUGGUGAGAAUGAGUUGAAUCCCUUCCUCUGGCACCGGCCUUCUGAAGAGGUAUUUUGUACAUCACAACUAGAUUCUUCCUCAACAGAAGGCUGCCACAGCUUCUCUGCCAGCUGCCUAACCCAGUUCUGUAUCCUCUUCAAAAGAACUUUCCUCACCAUCAUGAGAGAUUCGGUCCUGACGCACUUGCGUAUCACCUCACACAUUGGCGUUGGGCUGCUCAUCGGCUUGCUCUACUUAGGCAUUGGCAAUGAAGCUAAGAAAGUCCUCAGCAACUCUGGGUUCCUCUUUUUUUCCAUGUUGUUCCUUAUGUUUGCUGCACUCAUGCCAACUGUCCUUACAUUUCCUCUUGAGAUGGGAGUAUUUCUUAGAGAGCAUCUGAACUACUGGUACAGCCUAAAAGCCUACUAUCUCGCCAAAACCAUGGCUGAUGUUCCUUUUCAGAUCAUGUUUCCUGUGGCUUACUGCAGCAUUGUGUACUGGAUGACUUCUCAGCCAUCUGAUGCACUCCGGUUUGUCCUGUUUGCAGCCUUGGGAACCAUGACAUCCCUGGUGGCUCAGUCACUGGGUCUUCUCAUAGGUGCAGCCUCUACAUCUCUCCAGGUGGCCACAUUUGUGGGCCCAGUUACUGCCAUCCCAGUGCUUCUGUUCUCUGGGUUUUUUGUCAGCUUUGAUACCAUCCCAACAUAUCUCCAGUGGAUGUCCUACAUUUCUUAUGUCAGAUACGGGUUCGAAGGCGUUAUUCUCUCCAUCUAUGGACUGGAUCGAGAAGAUCUGCAUUGUGACAAAGAUGAGACUUGCCAUUUUCAAAAAUCAGAGGCCAUUCUGAGAGAACUGGAUGUAGAAAAUGCCAAACUUUACCUGGACUUCAUUGUUCUUGGAAUUUUCUUCUUCUCUUUGCGCCUAAUUGCCUAUUUUGUCCUCAGAUACAAAAUCCGAGCAGAGAGGUAA